AUGAUAAGGAAUCAGCGAAACGAAAUGCUGGCACAGUUCCAGUCUCGUACUGCAAUAUUCAAUGCAGAAGAAUCUAUGAAAAUUCUUGAACAAUUUCAAUGGAAUUGUUUGGAAGCUAUUAACUAUGUACUUAAAAAUGUUGAUUCUGUUAAACAAAAAUCAUCGAAUUUGGUUCACAAUAUUAUUCCACUAUGUCUUAGUGUUGUUGAUCAAUCACUCAUUCCAAACGAAUGUCUAAAUGAAUUAGAUGGUGUUCAUCAUUUUGAGCGAGCAUUUCAAGAUCGUCAUUCUGAUGUUCAUCGUUGGCCAAUAUGGUUUAAAUCAUCACUUGAAAAUGCUAUUAGUCAAUCACAUGGUCCAUUCGCUGUUUUUCUUAAUCACGAUAAAUCUGCUUAUGCUAUAACAUUUUCUCGUCAAAUUCUUUGUUCAUCAUCUAUUUUAAAUGUUCUUCAAAAGUAUAAAUGUAUUCUAUGGCCGUGGGAUGUGACUUGUCCAUUGAACAAACAACGACUUAUUCAAAGAAGUGGACGUGCUCGACAAAUUCUUGUUGAAUGUCUUUCAUAUUUUACAAAUGUUGAUAAUUAUCCUUUAUUACUUUUGCUUAGUCGUCAAAAAGAUAAAAUUGUACUUCUUGAUAUUAUCAAUGGACAUUGGGAUUUAGAUCAAACACGAGCUUGUCUCGAACGAACACUUAAUCCAAUUCUUGAACAAUCUAUUAUACCUAUUAAUGAACCAACAACACUUUCACCAGGUUGGGUUGGUGGUCGUACAGCAGGUAAUAUUCGUCGUCGUACUUCUUUCAUAACAACAUUUCGUCUAAGUCGACCUCUUCGAGCUGUUCAACGACCUUAUUAUGUUUCAUUUUAUCAAAAAGAUGAAGAUAUAUCAGAAAAGAUUGUUACCAUGGAAGAAGUUAAACAAUGGUUAAAUAAAAAAAAUACAACUAUUUCUACUUGCAAUUCUAUUCCAGUAAAACAUCAACAGUGUUAUUCAACAAAUUCAUCUUGUGUUCAAACAAAAUCUCCAUCACCAAAAGGUAUCAUAUCACCUAGUCCAUCGUUAUCCAUUGCAGUAAAAGAUCAAUAUUCGAUUGUGUUUAUGUCACCACGUCGAGCUGGAUGGGCACCAUUAAUCAACCGUUGA